AUGGCGUGUGGGAUGAUUCCAUGUGGUGUCUCGCCGAUGAUCUGCAUCAUGGCAUACACAGCUCCAGCUGAAAUAUUACCCUCAACCACGAAUCGCAUUUACAGAACAGCACUUGGGCGCAUGGUACAGUAUCUAGAGGUAUCGGAGCUAGAUGCCUCGAGUCUAGACUUCCAUGGGCCACUCCAAGGUUGCAUGAGGUAUAGCUGGCUGAGGAACAUCAGCGUUGAUCACGAAGCCACCACGAACUGCCAUCGUUCUGUAGAAGAGGUGCGGACAGGCCUUGGCGAAGAUGAAGAUGGCAUGUCCCGUCCGAUAUUCGGCAUGUGCUGUGCUGUUUCACGGUCAGACGCAGAAGGAGAAAUCUAUCAUGUAGUUGGACGAGCAUCACCAGACGAAUCGUCGUCACCAUCUCGCUCACAUGUCGCUCUCCAAUAUCUCUGCCCAGACUUUCUUCCGGUGCCGGUAGUUGCAGGGGAUCCUAGAAGAGGUGUUACACAGUUAAGUACUAUCGAGUACUACCCAUAUCAAAGGCUGGCAGGGCACGACACAUCACCACCGUGGCACCACAACUUCCCGCCAGACAGCCAGACAGCCAGACAGCCAGACAGCACGAAUUCGGUCGCUAUCGACGGCUGGAUGAAACAACUCUCCAUGGCUUUCCGUUUGAUUCUCCACAGCGUUGAUCACGCCCGGCUUGGCGUACGGUGA